UCCUUCCUUCCAGGACCUUGCCCCAUCGAGACUUCGGGGACCCGGACUCCUUUCCCUCUCUCCUGCUCCCUGGAAGAGGCAAGGUGGAGUUCCGCAGUGGAGAACCAGGACGGACUCUCUCUCUCCAUCACCAUCUGCUCCCCUCCCGAUGCCCGCAUUGGCCGAUACCGCCUGAUCGUGGAUGCCUCCACACAAUAUCAGGGCUCCAGCUUCAACCUGGGGGAAUUUAUCCUGCUCUUUAAUCCUUGGUGUCCAGACGACUCCACGUACUUGGAGAGCGAAGAGGAACGCAUUGAAUAUGUGUUGACUCAACAAGGCCUGAUCUACCAAGGCUCGAAGGACUACAUCUAUUCCAUCCCGUGGAACUUUGGGCAGUUUGAAGAGGAGAUUUUGGACAUCUGCUUCCAGCUGCUGGACACCAACCCCAAGUUCCUCCUCAAUCAAGACAAGGACUGUUCUCGCCGCAACAGCCCAGUCUACGUCAGCAGGGUGGUGAGCGCCAUGGUCAACUGUAACGAUGAUCAAGGCAUCCUCUUUGGACGCUGGGAUAACUAUUAUGGUGAUGGGGUGAGCCCUACGACUUGGAGUGGGAGUGUGGACAUCCUUCGGAGGUGGCAGAAGUACGCGUGCAAACCUGUUCGGUAUGGGCAAUGCUGGGUCUUCGCUGCAGUGGCCUGCACAGUGCUCCGGUGCCUCGGGAUCCCUACUCGUGUGGUGACCAACUAUAACUCUGCCCACGAUACGAAUGGCAACUUGGUCAUAGAGCAGUAUUUAGACGAGAACGGGAAGCUGCAGAAGGGGAACCGAGAGCUCAUCUGGAAUUAUCACUGCUGGGUGGAAUCUUGGAUGACCCGUCCAGUCCUUCCGAGCGGCUACGAUGGCUGGCAGGUCUUGGACCCAACUCCUCAGGAAAAAAGCGAUGGCGUUUUCUGCUGCGGGCCCACUCCCGUGAGAGCCAUCAAGGAGGGGGAGCUUCAUCUUAAGUACGACGUGAAGUUCGUCUUUGCCGAGGUCAACGCGGAUGUGGCGUACCUGAUGCUCCAGGAUGACAUGUCCCGAAAGAAGACCAUGCACCCCACCGUUGUGGGCAAGAAGAUCAGCACCAAGAGUGUGGGGAAGGACACCAAAGAGGACAUCACUCACAACUAUAAACAUCAGGAAGAUUCAGAGGAAGAGAGGACGGCGUUUGACAAGGCGAAGCACAAGAAGGUCCACACCCCGCCGGAGGAAGGCUUGAUGCUCAAGAUCAAGGCUUCUGAGGCAAUGAACAACGGAUGCGACUUCGACGUCUUCGUUGUCAUCAACAACGACACACCCACGGAGCGGCUGUGCCGGCUGAAGGUUUCUGCCGCCGCCGUGAGCUACAACGGGGCCCUGGGCCCCGAAUGCGGGAGCAAAGACCUGCUCAACAUCAGCCUGAAGCCACACGCAGAAAAGGUGGUCCCCCUGCGCAUUCUGUACGAGAAGUACGGAGGCUGCCUGACCCAGGACAACAUGAUCAAGGUGACGGCUGUGCUGCAGCAGUACGAGACCCAGGAGCUCCUCCUCAGCAUGAGGGACAUCCACGUCAAGAACCCCGACGUCAAAAUCCGGGUCUUGGGGGAGCCGAUGCAGAAGCGCAAACUGGUGGCAGAGCUGUCGCUGACCAACCCUCUCCCCAUCCCCCUGACCGGCUGCGUCUUCACUAUGGAAGGGGCUGGACUCACCAGCGGGCAGAAGAUCCAGAGGCUCGAAAGCCCCGUCGAGCCCGGGCAGGAAGCCAAAGUGAGGGUGGACUUCGUUCCUCAGCAGUCCGGCCUGCGGAAGCUGGUGGUGGAUUUUGACAGCGACAAGCUGAAGGGGGUGAAGGGCUACCGAAACGUCAUCAUCGCCCCCCUGCCCAAAUGAAGCUCGCCUCGACGCAAGAAGCCCCUGGCUCAGCCGGCGGCCGCUCAGCCCAGAAGCCAGACGGCCCCGGGAGCCCCAGAGAUGCAGGGGAGCCCUUUUCCACCUGCACCCCCAGCCGCACCCGCCUUCCAGAUGCUUCUUUGCUCCUGCCCACCAGAGACUGGCGACUUGACACUCCCCCCAGCUGGUUGGAGGGCUUUGCCCCACAGGCACCCCAAACAUCCUAGACUUGAUGAGGCUGCAGACGGGGGUGGGGGGGUCACAGUGCUCCACCCUUGAUGUGCAAGCAUGAGCACCAGCCCCUGGCAGUGCAUCUGCUCUGCCUUCCAGGAGGUGGUCUGCCCUGCCUGCAAGAGGACCCAGACACCCCCCCACCCACCCCCCUUGUGGCACCUUUAAUCCUUUUAGGACGUUUGUCAUGGGUGGGCCGUAACGUCAGGCCAAAGGGGAGUGAUUAUUAUCUUAAGGAAUUCCGCUCUACCCCCCCCCCAAUCAUUUCAGUCAUUGGCAGCCCUUGAAACCCCCAAGAGAGGGACACAGACACCUCUUCCAUGGGGAGACACGCGCCAGCCCUCAGCUUCCCACCAGAUGUCAGAAACGUUCAGAAUGGAAUCAUCCUGCGCAUGGCAGCCCAUGGAAAGAGGGGAGAGGUGGGGAGGGGAGAAGUGGGGAAGGGAGGGGAGGGGAGGGAGUCAGCCUUGUGCAUUUGGCUUUGCACUCUCCCCCUUCCCUAUUCCCCCCGUGAAGCUUUGGCCACGACUGCACACGUGAAAGAAAUGCCCCGUGGCUUCCACAACCUCAUAGUCCCCCAAGCACCCCCGAUGGCUUAUCGUCUAGUGGUCCAGAUCCCUGCGCCUCUGCAGGCCCUGCCUUUCCCCUGAGCUAGGAAACACUGCCUGUCUGCUUGGCCACGUAUGACUUUUCCAACGCGAACUUGGGGGGGGGGGUCUCUCAUGGCUGCUCCAUCAUACUUCUCAGACCGCUGUGGGGACCACGAAGCCCACGCCUUUGGGUCAGUGGGAGGCUCCAGCCUUUGGAGCCUUUCUGAACGGUACCUGCAGACCACGUCCCCUUAAGCAAUCAGGUCAGAACAGUGUUUCUCAACCUUGGCCACUUUAAGAAGGGUGGACUUCAGCUCCCAGAAUUCUGGGAGUUGAAGUCCACCCAUCAAGUGGCCAAGUCUGAGAACCACCGGGAUGGAAAGAUAGCCAGAUCCCAGUUUAUUUUUCAAAGUAAGAACGGUGUUGCGUCACCCACCUGUUGCUUGGCUCCUGACUGAGAGCCAGGAGGGGGCUUCCCUUCCCUAGAACACCAGGGGUGGCCACUGGAGUGUCCCAGGCAGAAGGCAGAGCCGGGGGGGGGGCUGCAACAGAGCGGCCGGUAAAGAGAGGCCAGCAUCAACCCGGCCUCUGCCGCCUUCAGAGACUUCCCCAAAGAACCCCUUCCUCUCAAAAUGGAAAGGCCGUGGGAAAGGCGUGGAAGUGUGGAGAGGAAGACUCCGUCUCCCUGCGCACUCCCAAGCCAUCUCUGGACAAGAUCAGACCGGCUUUCAUGGGGAGGUGUUAGCCACCUGCCCGAGGCUUUGGCUCUUCGCCGCCCAUGGCGGGGCUUGCCGUGAAUCCAGCUGCACGGGCUCCUGUGCUUUCCAGCUGUGCCGCAGGUUCUCAGUCAGCCCCGCAAGUGUUUGUUCCCUUAUCAAGAAACGCAGUUGGCAGCCGUUUAGCAACCCGCCCAGAGAUGGGCCAGACAAGUGCAAAAGAUGGAUGGGUGAGCGGAGGAGGUCAGGGCGGGGUGGCCCCACUGAGGAGGACCGGUUGGGAAGGUCCAGACCAACCUUGUCCAGGCCGGGGCUGUCCAGAUGUGGUGGUCUGCAGCUCUCCUUGUUCUGCCUCCAACGUGGCCGGGUCGGGGGAGGAAGAGUCUCGCCCAGGCCAUCUGGAGAGCGUCAAGUGACGGAUGGCUGACCUUCUGGGUCUGCACCGUGGGGGAUUAUGUGCUUCCAGGGAACAUGAUGUCUUCUCUCUCCUGGUUGUUGGUACAGCCCGGCCACCCUACCUUCUUUUUUUUUUUUAAUAAAUUUUAUUAAAAGCUUUAAGGAGAACAUAAAAACUAACACAAAAUAAAGAAAACAAAGAAAAGGGAAAAACAAAAGUGCAGAAAGAAAGAAUAAAAAGAAAUAGGAAGAAGAGUCUUCCCAUUUCCUUUGCAGCAAGUAUAAGUACAAUUACGAAAUUAUCUCUUACUCAAUGAUUACAAAACUCAUUUUUUUCUAUCAUCCAAUUUUUUCCAAUCAUCCAAACCACAAGUCAUAAGUGCAUUUUUUCCUGUUUCACGCGCGCUACCUUUUGACCUGACCUCUGGUCCUCUUUGCCCAGCCAGCAGAGCCCUUCCCCAAAGUCCGUCAGCUGCUGCCCUGCUACGCCCUGCUUGGAGCACACUGGCAAAGCCCGCCCAAGCGCCGUUGUGCGGGUACCUAGAGCAGCGUUUCUCAGCCUUGGCCACUUGAAGAGCCGUGGACUUCGACUCCCAGAAUCCCCCAGCCAGCAUCUUCAGCAUCGAAUGCACCUGGGAGGGCAAAGCUGGGGAAUUCUGGGAGUCCACACCUCUUCAAGUGGCCAAAGCUGAGAAGCCCUGACUUCUGGGCACGAGAGAGAGAUGCAGUUUAUGAGCCAUCAAAUGCUUCCUAAUCUUGAAAGAUGGGGGCGGGGGUGUUUACUUGCUUUGCAAUUCUUUUGUGGCUAAUCUCCUUUGCAAAUUACUGAGAGCUGAAAGUCAUACUGAUGGGAAUUUACUAUGCAAUCACUCAAUAAAGAGUUUAUUUUUCACCUUC